AUGGGAAGAAGAUACAUGCCACUGGCAGCGGGAAAUCGGAUGCCACUGGAACAAGUAUACGAGCACAGAAGCAGCGUCCAACGUCACAUGAAGUGUCUGAAAUACGCACUCGAAAAUGGAUGUCCAUGGGAAGAAGAUACAUGCCUAGCUUACGCCUUUGAGAGCGGGUGCUACAGGCAAGAAUAUACGUGCAGCCAGGCAACAUUGUACGGUCACCUGGAGUGCCUGAAUUACGCACACGAAAACGGAUGUCCCUGGGACGAAGAUACAUGCCUAGCUUACGCCUUUGAGAACGGGUGCCCCUGGCACGAAUAUACGUGCAGCUCCGCCGCGUUCAACGGCCACCUGGAGUGCCUGACUUACGCCUUUGAAAACGGGUGCUCCUGGCAAGAAUAUACGUGCAGCCACGCCGCAUUGUACGGUCACCUGGAGUGCCUGAAUUAA